AUGGCCACGUGCUCCGUAUGCCAGUCGCCUGACUUCUUCGAAGGGCUCUUUUCGCGCAACCACGCGGAGGAUUGGAACGAGCCAGAGGAGUCCAAACAAUGGGUUGGCAGCGAAGCACAUAAGCCAUUACCAGCAAACUCAUAUGCGCUGGUCAUUGUCGUCUCCUCGUAUGAGGACCCCCAGGUGGGACACAUCAAUGAAUGGACGUUCGAAUUUGGUUUUGUCAUCCCUGGUUCGACAAACACGUGGCAAUCGCUCUUCGAAGCAGACAAGGCGGACCGCAUGAUUCCUGCAAAGCUGCUUAGAUAUUUUGAGCUGACACGCCGAGUUGUCGCAAGUAAUCAGCUACCAGGCCGCAACCGCUCUGCGGUGUAUCCAUUAUUAGGCGGACGAGAAAAGCUCCAUCCGGAUUCUCACCACGCGGAAGUCUAA